AUGUCGGAAUUUCUGUCUCUGACCGACCGUUUUACUCUUGCUAUCCUGUUCCUGUUGUCCCACUGCCGGGCGUUCAGUAAAAAGGCGCUACAAAAACGUGUGGGGCGAAGGUUGGCUGGAGAGCAGGAGACAAAAGGUGGUGGGAGUGCAGGCUCCGCUCCAGAAGUAUGCGGGGGGGGAGAACCCUCAUCAGAUACAGCUGCCCACAGCCACAAGAGACCACGAGACCCCUCAUGGGGAGAUCCUUUUGGAGAGGAGAGUGAAGAUGACGGGGAGCCGCUGAGCAAGAUGUGGCACGGAGGGUCCGAUUGGCAACAGGCUGGUUCACCAACCCCUUUCCAUGAUAUCGAGUCUGCGGCAAAGUCUGCAGAAGACGAAGAGGCUGCUCUAGGCCUUUCCGAGAGAAUUCUCUCGCUUGUCGAGGAGAUCUUGUCUGAAGUCAGGUUUGCCCGAGGACGAUUCCUCUGGUAG